AUGGGAGCAUUAAUCUGUUGCAUGAGUGAACAAAAUGAAGAAAAGAGCUUGGAAAGGAAUGUUGAAAAGAAAAUAUGUGAGAUAAGAAGAAACAAAUUUGGACAAACCAAAUUGAAAUCAAUUGAUACUAUAGUUAUGAUGUUCCCUAUGUUCAAGGAGAGACUAAAAACUUUAAGAGAAAUGUUUCAACAAUAUGACGAGGACUCUAAUGGAUCGAUAGAGCCUGAUGAACUGAAAACUUUCCUAGAAGAUUUGGAACUUCAUCUACAAGAGAAUGAGAUUGAGAAUAUUUUUCAAUAUUGUGAUAUUGAUGGAAGCAAAGGGAUUCAAUUCAAUGAAUUUAUUGUUCUUUUAUGCCUCAUUCAUGUCCUAACAGAACCUUUAUCCUCUGAUGAUGCACCAAAGGCAGAGUUAGCACAGUUAGGAGAAGUUUUUGAUAGCAUACUUGAAAUAUUUCUGUUUUUCGAUAAAAAUGGUGAUGGGAAGCUUAACAAGAAGGACGUGAUGAGAACAAUGAAUGAGAGUAACCCUAAAGAAAGAUCUCCUGCACACAUCACCAAAAACAGAUUCAGAGAAAUGGACUGGGACAAGAACGGACAAGUCACAUUCAGGGAAUUCCUCUUCGGUUUCAUUAAUUGGAUUGGAAUCGAUGUUGAUGAAUAG